CCCAAAAGUCGUGUUUUUACAAUACACAAAUAAAUUUUCAUUUAAUUGAAAAACCGUGAAUAUUAUGUUUCCACUAAGUUCACAAAAAAAGUACUGGACAUUUACAAAUGAGCAAGAUUUAAACGACAGAAGGGUAGAUCAAAAUCGAAAGUUCAUUAAAACUCAUGGAGCAAAUUUGAGUGAAGAACAACAGGAAGCUUAUUUUUUAUCACCCGCUGAAGAGCGUCUUUUGCUCAAACAAUAUGAAUUGCAUUUGAAAGACUUCUGCCGACGAUUUGAACCGCCAAUGCCAAGAUGCAUCGUUGGCACGGCAUUUCAUUACUUCAAAAGGUUCUACCUCAAAAAUUCACCAAUGGACUUUCAUCCUAAAGAGAUUUUAGCAACUUGUGUCUAUUUGUCGUGUAAAGUUGAGGAAUUCAACGUGUCCAUUGGUCAGUUUGUUGGCAAUAUAAAAGGAGAUCGUGUAAAAGCUAUGGAUAUAAUCCUAUCGAAUGAGUUACUUCUCAUGCAACAGCUUAACUACUAUCUCACCAUUCACAAUCCAUAUCGGCCAAUUGAGGGGUUCUUAAUCGAUAUUAAGACCCGUUGUUCAAUGAACAAUCCAGAACGUCUUCGGCCAGGGAUUGAUGAGUUCAUUGAAAAGACAUUUUUAACCGACGCUUGCUUAUUAUAUGCACCCUCACAAAUUGCACUGGCAGCUGUCCUUCAUGCUGCCAGCAAAGAACAAGAGAACUUGGACAGUUAUGUUACAGAAAGCCUCUUCCAUUCAGCCAGAGACAAGUUACCCACUCUUAUCGAAGCUGUUCGAAAAAUACGUUACAUGGUGAAAACAAUCGAAGUACCUCCCAAGGAUCGAGUAAAAUUAAUCGAAAGGAAAUUAGAUAAAUGCCGAAACCAGGAAAACAAUCCCGACAGUCAAAUAUACAAACAACGAAUGAAGAUGAUGAUGGAAGAUGAACUUGAUGGACUUGAAACGUCUUAUAAUUUAGCAGACUCUAGCGCCGAUGUCUCAAUGCUUAACAUGAGUCAGUAAUUUUUAAGUAUCGGUCUAAUGUUUAUAAAGAAUUGUUUUAUACGAUAAUAAUAAAGAAAUAAAAGUUAUAGUGAAUUAA